CUCUUCCACUCGUCCUUUUACUGUUGAUUCUCUUCAUUCGCGCAUGCUUACUGAGCGGGUUGUUAAAGUUUAUCUGAUAACUAUUAUCAGUGAAAGUUGAAUGUUGAAUCGGCACAACCCUUUCGAAGAAGAGCAGAGUCAACUGGAUCUUUGGAGACGCACCACACAUUCAGCACACAUCUAUUCCAUUGCAAGUUAUCGCAUAAUAAUCCAGUGGAUUGGUCAAGAUGUCGGAAAAUGAGAGGACCAAACAACCCAUAAAAAGAUUCAUCAGACGACACAUUGUGGACUUUUGUGGACAUUCAUCUUUGGCUGGAGUCAAAUAUGUUGUCGCUGAAGGCAGGCCACUAUUCGAAAGAGCCUGGUGGAUGUUCGCAAUCCUCUUUAGUUUUCUGCUGAGUUUGUACCUGAUUAACGGGUUGUGGAUCCAGUGGAAUGAAUCGCCUGUUAUAGUAUCGUUUGAAGAAAAGCUGACUCCUAUAUGGGACGUUCCUUUCCCUGCUGUUACCAUAUGCAGCAAAAACAAAGUAAGGCGAACAGUUUUCAACUACACAGCGGUUACUGAGAAAAACUCUAGCGAAUUAACUGUUUAUGAGAAGAAGAAACUAUUUGAUGCUCAGUUGUUGUGUCAGAGGACAAACUCCUCUAACAAAGCUUAUGGAUCUGAAACGUUGAAUGAAUCAAGUAUUGCCUUUCUAGAAGAGAUUGCGGAAAAAUUUUUUUUUGAUUGCUUUUGGCGAAAAGAUAAACUUCAUCAUCAAUGUCGAGAUGUUUUCGAUCCAAUAAUGACUAACGAGGGCUACUGCAUCACUAUAAACUCACUUAAUCAUUCUGACAUCUAUCAUCAAGAUGGAUUGAACUCCAAGUAUCUGAAAUCGUUUCCGAAUUCCACCGAUUGGAACUUGGAGGGUGGCUACAAAAGCCAACCUCCUUCAAUUACGCAUCCACGCAGGUCCGUUAGACCUGGCAUCAAGUUUGGCCUGGAAAUUUCAUUGACAGCAAAAAACGAAGACUUCGACAGUGAGUGCUCAGGCGAUUCUCAGGGAUUCAUGGUAAUAUUGCACAAUCCAGCUGAGAUUGCUACUGCUUCCAAUCAAUUUUACAAUCUGCCUCCCAAUCAAGAAUUAUUUUUGGCUGUGAAACCCAACAUGAUGACUACGAGCAGCAAUCUCCUGAGCUACAGUCCUGAACACAGGCAAUGCUAUUUUGCACAUGAGAGGAAGCUUGCCUUCUUCAAAGUGUACACUCAAAAGAAUUGUGAGCUGGAAUGCCAAACAAAUUACACCUUGAAUCUAUGCGGCUGUGUUUACUUCUACAUGCCAAGAGCGAAGGAUACCCCAAUCUGUGGUGCAGGGUUCGAUCAAAUGAUAUGUGGGAUCUUCUAUGCUUAUAGUGAUGAAUUUCCUGAUCUCAUAGAGGAAUUCAAGAGCAUUAGUGAGUUACGCAUCGGCCCAAAUUGCAAUUGUUUACAAUCAUGCACGUCACUUGAAUAUGAAGCUGAAACAUCGCAAGGAGCUCUCAGUAUUAAAGGAGGGAUGGCGGAUAGAAGUUAUUCAAAAGUGACAAUUUAUUUCAAGGAUCCUCAGUUUAUUGCGACUCAUCGUAGUGCUUUAUAUGGACUAUAUGAUUUUCUUGGCAAAUGUGGGGGACUACUUGGAUUGACUAACGGUUUCUGCAUUCUGAGUCUGGUUGAAAUAAUCUAUUACUUGACAUUGAGACUCUACAGCAAUUAUUUCCAGGAGAAGAAACCGGAAGAAAUUGAAAUGGGAAAUUUAUCUGAAUGUGACAGUGUCGAAAAAAAUUAACUGUUGCUUCCAAAAUCAUGUCAUAUAGAUGGAAAAUUGACAGAAUUUUCUAAGCAAAUAAAUAUUUUCAACAUGACUAAUAAAUAUUUUUUUACA